AUGAACAACCAAGGCGACGACAACCAAAAAGAAGAGGAUCCUCUGGUCCUUAUCUCUAUGAAAUGCACGUUUCCUCAAUUGCUGGAAGUCAUCCGAUGCAUAGAUGUUGGUGGUGGUAGCCAUAUUACUGGUACUGGCGCAAGACAUUCUUCUCAACUUCCUGUUGAUCUGGCCAGACGAGUGGCGAGUUACUUGUCGGUUCGUCGCGUUAUCCAGUCACAAGUCAAAGCUGCCUCGGCCUCUUCCAUGGAUUCAGUGUAUAAGCUCUCGGGCUGCCUGGCGGAUGACGACACUUCCUGGUGGCUCAGUGGCUCUCAAAGCAUGUCGUUGGGAAGAGGCGAGGAAUUUGUCGAGUUCCAACUGUGUCCUGCCGGCAAUCUGCUUUGUCGGAUCGAGGCCGUGCACAUUCGAAUACCGCCAUUGCCAGCAGGACCACUCAGCGUCCGAGAAUUUCGAGUGGAUGUCGCCAACGAACAGAAAAUCUGGCGACAGUUGCCCUACCAUUACGAAGUCGACAACCGAACUGGAAUGCAGAGGUUUCCCAUUGGACACGUGGAUGCCCAAGCCAUUCGAAUUGUCUGUUUAUCCAACCAAAUAUCUCCCUUUCUGUCCACCAUGCGAGAUCCACAACAUCACUAUGAACGUGUUGGCUUCUACGCUGUCAAAUUUGAAUGA